AUGGCCUCGCUGCCCGAAGCACAGCGCCCAGAGUGGUACGUGCGUCCGCCCAAGAAGGCGCCGUCUGAAGCGGGCAAUGACGGCAAGGCCGCGCGGGAGCGCCGCAUCCUCGCACCCGAGAUCGUGUCGCUGAACGUUGGCGGCACGCUAUUUCAAACGACGAAAGACACGUUGUUGCAACAUGAGCACUCGCUCUUCCACCUCAUGCUGGCCACGCCGCCAAGCCACAACCACGACACGUACUUUAUCGAUGUGAACCCAAAGGCGUUCGAAGCUGUGCUGGACUACCUCCGGUAUGACGAGCUCUGUCUCGACGAUAUGACAACGUGGGAGCGCAAGAAGGUGCUCAAGACAUUUGCCUACCUCAAGCUGCCAGUGCCCAACGUCGGGUGGGACCCAUCGACCGGCGUUAUCUCGACGCGCAAUGGCUUCUCGCCGGGCGGCACCAUGUAA